UCAUUGCGAAUUAAUUCCAUUGCAAUAGCUUUGGACUUGUGUGUUCAUUUCGAAACUCGUAAAUACUGUAGCGGUUACUUUGCGCUUGCGUUUUGAACGCAUUUGAAGUUAGCGUAGUUAGCAACAGGUAGCGUUUCAAACAUGGCACGUCGUUCGUUUCCCGCCAAAAACAUAUAGUCGCGCAUGGUCGCGCAGCUGCGACUGAUGUGAGUGCAAGAUGUUGAACUGUUCGGAGUAAGAAUAAUCUGGUUUAACAAUUAAUGGACGAAUAGGGGCCGAUAAUUAUGGAUCCGAGUGAAGUAGAGUUUUUUGGUGAAAAGGAGUUGGUUUCGAUAGUGCCGAAUUUCAAUUUCGACACGAUUCAUUUGAUAUCGGGAUCGAUAGGACCGUUUCGUGCUGGUCUACCUGUCAGAGUUCCCAUCUGGUUGGCAAUGAAUCUCAAACAGCAACAGAAGUGUCGAAUUAUUAAUCAGGAAUGGAUGAACGCGGAUAUAUUGAACGAGGCGAAGGAAGAGGAAAAAUUAUCGAAAUUGUUUACCAAAAUGCCUAGCAAUCAUUAUAUGGACGAGGCACAACUUUUAUUGAGCCAUGGUAGCGAUGACAUACCUGAUUCUGAUGUGAUAAGGACAGCAAUAAAGGAUAUAUGGGAUAUGAGGAUGUCCAAGCUACGCACAUCCAUAGAUGCUUUUUUAAAAAGUGAGGGGUUGCAUGCAAAAUUGGAUCAUUUAACUGCUAUGGAAAUUAAUAGUGUACGACCAUUGCUACCACAUGCUUUAGACCAAAUGAAUAGAAUUCAAAGUACUGGAAAAGCUCCUCAGUCACAAAACCCGGACAGCUCGCAAAGAUCAUGAAGCAGAGACUACUGUCUAUCUAUUUUAAAGUUGUAAAUAUAUGUAUGUAAAUAACUAACGAUAUGUGUUUAUUAUUAGAUUACAUAAUAAGACCUUAUUAGUGGAAGUAAUUAGUAGAAUGAAAGAAAAGAAAUUACUUUCAUAAUAUAUGUAUAAUAUACGAACAUGA